CGUUUUCUCGUGUUGUCUUCCUCUUCCUCUUUCCUCCGUGUUCGAGAAAUUUUUCGCUCACCUCUAUCUUCGAGACGCCCUUUCUGUUUCUCUUUAAUCCGAAACCUUUGUUCAUCCCUUUGUUACGUGAUUAAUUACCCCGUUUCUCCUUAAUUUUAGAUUAAUUUCGGUUGACCCAUGUCAGGGAAGGAGCUUUCUCCGGUGCCGUUGCAGCAGUUGGGCAACGCGCCACCGCCGCUCGCCGUCCAAGACGCUGACCCGUUGCGGUUCCGGGUUGGUGAACCGGACCCUAAAACCCGCGAAUUCGCCGCCUUUAUCGGUGAUCACCGCCGGUACUUCGCCGCCGCCGCCGCCGCAGUAGCCGCCGCAGCUGCAGCGGUUCCUCAUCCUCACUCCGAGUUCCGGCGGGACUUCUACUUGGAGAAUCCCGUUCAUGGAGACCCUCACGAUAGCGGCGGAUCGGACGCUGACGAAGACGAUGAAGAGGACGAUGAAAUGGACGGCGACGAUGAUUCCCAUGCCGCGGUACAAGAUUACGCGUCGAGCAGAGGCGGUGGAGGGGAAGGUUCAUCAGCAGGAGCUGUGACAAUUGCAGAUCCAAAAGAUGCAGUUUUCUACACGCAGUAUUUUAAGACAGCAGAAGCGAAUUCUGCUUCUAGACAUAGGGAAGUGACAGCUGUGGAAAACGGGUGUGGUUUUAGCUGCAGCAAAGAAGCUUCUUCUUCAUGUAAUUCAGUGGAUUCAUUAAGGGCCAUUUUAUCUGAUCCCACUACCGGUGCUCUUAUGGAUGAUGCUAUGGUUCUGCCUUGUGGCCACUCUUUCGGAGCUGGAGGGAUAGAACAAGUUAAACAGAUGAAAGCUUGCUUCACCUGUUCACAGCCAGUUUCAGAAGACUCCAUAACUCCAAACCUAACACUACGAGUUGCAGUACAAGCAUUCUGCCGAGAAGAAAAUUUACUGUCGAGCCACUCAUCCAAGAGAAGACGAGAAGGGUCUGACACGGACAAGCCUGCUUUUGGUAACUCGACUUCUACAGGUCAUCCUAGAAACAGAAGUAAUCAGUUCCCAUUUUCUGUAGCGGAUCGAGUUAUAAUAAAGACGAAUGAGUCAGGGAAACAAGAGGACACCGCCUCGAUUUGUUGGACGGGAAGCUGUUAUCACCACCCAAUGCUUGAACGGCUGGUACGUGGUGAAGACACUGGACAAUGCGGAGAGCGUAAAGCUUCAGUACAGUUCAUUGGCUAUGUCGUCGUCAACACCAAGCAAGAUGGUCCCCAACUGGCUCUGAGACAAAAGCUGCUUGCUGUCUGAAAUAUUUUGCACAUUUUCACCAGUAGAUUGUUCCGUUGGUGGACAUUUGAGGAACCCUACGGUUACAUUCCAGGCCAGCUCUGAUUUGGAAUUCAAGAAAUCUUACAAGUAAAAAAAGACUCGGAAACCAGAUGCUUCUGAGUUUUAGUUCUUAAACUCUUGUUUAUGUAUUGAAGCAUGUUAUCUAAUUACUGAGAAAAUGGUCGAAAAAAGAUGUAAGAAAGCAAAUUUACAUGAAUCCAGGACCCAUUGUGUUUAUUACCGCAGCGAUGUCCUUGUAGAAUCUUGUGUAUGUAAAUACAAGCUUGAUGACGAUUUCGGGUAAAGGCAAAAAUUACCAUUA